GCUGAGGACGAAGAAUUCCUCACUUCAAAGCGCCACACAGACAAAUGCUCUGCACACCCCUAAAAAGCCAAUCUCCUUUUUUGAGUUGAGAAUCAUCGCCUUUUUUUUUUUUUUUAAUUUUGCACAAAUAUUAUCCACUGCAUUCCAAUCAUUGACCGAUUCGUCUGAGAAAGUUUGGCAUACGGACAAAUGCGUCAAAGGGAAGAAACAUUUAUAGCCCACCAGCUGGUCAAGAAUCGCUUCUGAAGUUAAUUGCAGCUAAUAUUGUGCUUCGUUCUGAAGUGUAGUACACCUACCAUACGAAGAUGUUUCUGCUUUUGUACUACCCAUGUAGUACAAGGCCUCGCUCUAAGCGUUUGGUAAUUCUUUAUAAUCUCCGCUCGUUCAUUUUAUGGCCUGCAUUAUCUCGACAUCAAUGGUAGUUCAUAGGUUUGGAUAAAGUUCUUUUCUGGGCCCUCUGGUAUUUAUCAGUCAUUGACGAUUUUCAGGUGGGAACGAAGAAAUUGAUUGGGAUUCAUUGGGUUGAGUAAUAACCAUUUCUUGAUUUAUCUUUGGGUUGACUUACUCAGAAUGAGGAAAGCAGAGGGGGAAGAGGCCGAACGGGUGAUGGAGAUUGAAGGAGAAGAGAGGGGGAAACCAGAGGGAGCCACGGCGAGGGUUCCUCCAUGGAGGAAGCAGAUUACGAUUCGAGGGAUUGUCGCAAGCUGUUUGAUUGGAGUGAUUUACAGUGUGAUAGUGAUGAAGCUCAAUCUGUCAACUGGACUUGUCCCAAAUCUUAAUGUCUCGGCUGCUCUUCUUGCCUAUGUCUUGAUGCAGACUUGGACUAAGCUUCUUCAAAAGGCUAAACUUGUUUCUACUCCAUUCACUAGGCAGGAGAAUACUGUGAUUCAGACAUGCGCCGUUGCCUGCUACAGCAUUGCUGUGGGAGGUGGUUUUGGAUCUUACCUCCUGGGAUUGAACAAGAAGACAUAUGAGCAGGCAGGGAUUGACACAGUAGGAAAUGUGCCAGGGAGUCAUAAGGAGCCAAAGCUUGACUGGAUAAUUGGUUUCCUCUUUGUUGUUAGUUUUGUUGGCUUAUUAGCUUUGGUUCCCCUCAGAAAGAUAAUGAUCAUAGACUAUCAGUUAACCUAUCCCAGUGGAACUGCUACUGCUGUUCUGAUCAAUGGGUUUCAUACCCCUAAGGGAGAUGGUGAUGCCAAGGAACAGGUUCGUGGGUUUGCAAAAUUCACAUCGCUCAGUUUUUUGUGGAGUUUCUUUCAGUGGUUCUAUUCCGGCGGAGACCAAUGUGGGUUUGCUAACUUCCCCACCUUUGGGUUGAUUGCUUGGAAGCACUCAUUUUUCUUCGACUUCAGCAUGACUUAUAUAGGAGCAGGAAUGAUUUGUUCUCAUCUUGUGAACUUUUCCUUGCUUCUUGGAGCAAUUCUCUCUUGGGGAAUAAUGUGGCCGCUAAUCACUGCACGCAAAGGUUCUUGGUUCCCGGCUUCAAUACCAGAAAGCAGCAUGAAGAGUCUUAAUGCUUACAAGGUUUUCAUUUCUAUUGCUCUCAUCUUGGGAGAUGGUCUCUACAAUUUUCUUCGGACCGCAUUUUACACUGGUCGAAGUAUAUAUGUUGCACUGAACAAGAGAAAUUCUAGGACAUUUCCAGAAGCAAAGAAUGAGCAUCACAUUGACAAUCUCCAACGAAACGAAGUGUUCGUCAGAGAGAGCAUUCCCUUGUGGGUAGCAUGCUUAGGGUACACGAUCUUCUCAGUCGUCUCCAUAAUCAUAAUCCCAAUCAUGUUCCCUCCAUUGAAGUGGUAUUUUGUUCUUGUGGCAUACAUUCUUGCACCAGCCCUCAGCUUCUGCAAUGCCUAUGGAGCCGGUCUGACGGACAUGAACAUGGCAUAUAACUAUGGGAAAGUGGCUCUCUUCACAUUAGCCGCGUUGUCUGGAAGAGAAAACGGCGUAGUUGCUGGGCUCAUUGGUUGUGGGCUUAUAAAGUCCAUUGUCUCAAUCUCAUCAGACUUGAUGCAUGAUUUCAAAACAGGCCACCUCACCCUCACGUCCCCGCGGUCCAUGCUCAUUAGCCAAGCAAUUGGGACUGCCAUGGGCUGUGUUGUGGCCCCACUAACCUUCUUCCUCUUCUACAAGGCAUUCGACGUAGGGAACCCAAAUGGGGAGUACAAAGCUCCUUAUGCUAUUAUAUACAGGAACAUGGCCAUCCUAGGGGUUCAAGGCUUCUCUGCACUUCCCCAGCACUGCUUGCAGCUCUGCUAUGGGUUUUUCGCCUUUGCCUUGCUGGCAAACCUGGCCAGGGACGUGGGACCCAAGAAGGUCGGGAAGUGGGUCCCGCUUCCAAUGGCUAUGGCUGUGCCCUUUCUUGUUGGAGCUUCGUUUGCGAUUGAUAUGUUUGUGGGUAGUCUCAUUGUGUAUGGAUGGCACAAGAUGAGCGACAAGAAGGCGACGCUGAUGGUUCCUGCUGUGGCCUCUGGUUUGAUCUGUGGUGAUGGACUGUGGAUCCUUCCUCUGUCAAUACUUGCGUUGACCAAAGUCAAACCUCCAAUCUGCAUGACCUUUUUGCCUUCAAAGACAUCCUAAAAACAGGAUGCAAUAAGAACACAUACAACAAAAUUCUGUGUGAAAUGGUGUCACAAUGAGAAAUGUUAUUUGCAAAGGUUUUUUACAAAUAGAGUGUAACAUUUCAGCUACUAAAGGCUAGUAAAAGUAGCAAAGAGGCAAAUGGUUGGACUCCCUUCCUCUAAUAAUUUUCUUGGCUUAGUAAAAAAAUAUUAACUUGCCACAUUUAUGUAUAUACCAUUGGAGGUACUGUACUUUGGAGUAUUAAAUGAAGUGAAUAUUG